UGUCCUACGGGUUACUCAAGUAACUCAACACCUUCAGUCAGUGGCCAACGAGCAGACGCGAUAACUCGGCGGAACUCUACUCAACCCUUCAACUCACCGCCAAUAGAAACCAACAUCAUUUCAUCAGUAUCAGCUGCUGUGAUUAGCAAAUUCCCUAAAAAUUCAACCUCUCUGUUUGUUUCUCUACCCUAACAUGCCUGUAACAGAAGUCCCCUUCUAUGCUCAUCUAAAACCCAUGUCCGACCUCUCUCCGUUUCCAAAUUCUGCAAUCAAACCCGCUUCAUUUGGUUUUGGAUUUUGCACUGCUUUCCCCAGUUUUGGAUUCUCCUUGCGGUUUAGUUCAAGUGGUUCAAAUUUCUAUGGCAGAAACGAUCAGUUUUUUAACCCAAAUUUCGGUUUCAGCAAUGGGAAACGCCGUCGUAGCAGUUGGGUAAUCAGGGCUACUGGAGCUGAUUACUAUUCCACUUUGAAUGUUGGCAGGAAUGCCUCAUUGCAGGAAAUCAAAAGCUCCUACAGAAAGCUUGCUCGUAAGUAUCAUCCAGAUCUGAACAAGGGCCCUGGGGCAGAAGAGAAGUUCAAAGAGAUAAGUGCUGCUUAUGAGGUCCUAUCAGAUGAUGAGAAAAGAUCUUUAUAUGAUCGUUUUGGUGAGUCAGGUCUACAGGGAGAAUAUGAUGGUUCAGGCUUUGGUUCACAGGGGAUGGAUCCUUUUGAUAUAUAUAAUGCAUUCUUUGGCGAUUCAGAUGGAUUCUUCGGGGGACGGGGUGAAGCAGGUGGCAUUAACUUCAAUUUAAGAAACAUGGGAAACCAGGAUCUAGAGAUUCGGUAUGAUCUUUAUUUAAGCUUUGAAGAAUCAAUUUUUGGAGCAAAGCGGGACAUUGAAGUUUCUUGUUUUGAGACAUGUGAUAACUGUGGUGGAACAGGUGCUAAAUCUAGUAGCUGCAUAAAAAAUUGUAUGGACUGUGGAGGUCGAGGAGGGGUGAUGAAAACCCAGAGAACACCUUUUGGAAUGAUGUCACAGGUAUCUACUUGCUCAAAAUGCAGUGGGAAGGGCAAGACAAUUACUGACCACUGCAGAAGGUGUGAUGGCACUGGUAAAGUAAGUUCAAAGCAAAGUAUGAAAGUGGUCAUUCCACCUGGCAUUAAUGAUGGAGCUACAAUGCAAAUUGAAGGGGAGGGUAAUUUUGACAAGAAAAGGGGCAUUGCUGGUGAUUUGAUUAUAACUGUCCAUGUCAAUGGAAAGCAUGGAAUUUGGAGGGGUGGCCUCAAUCUGUACUCAAAGAUCAACGUUGAUUACACACAGGCAAUACUGGGAACUGUUCUAAAGGUUGAGACUGUUGAUGGUAUGAAAGAUCUUCAAAUUCCCUCUGGAAUUCAGCCUGGAGAUACAGUAAAAUUGUCGCAGAUGGGAGUGCCAAACAUCAAGAAACCUUCUGUUCGAGGUGAUCAUCUCUUCAUUGUGAAUGUUCUGAUCCCAAAAGAAAUCAGCGACAAGGAACGAGCUCUCGUUGAGGAAUUGGCUUCACUGAAGUCUUACAGCAAACACCACAUAGCUACUUCCAACAGCUCGGGGACAUCCAAAAGCAACGUUGAUAAGAAUUUCAGAGAUGCAAAAGGCAGUCCUGGGAUCAAAUCGGUCACAUCUCUUUGGAACUCGAUUAGAGACUUCUUGGGGCAAAGGCAAUCUCGAGAAGGGUUUACGUCACUUACUCUCGACACAUCAGGACUGUUUUGGAAGUCUAAGAAGCCAGAACUCUCCCUCACAUGUUCACUGGUAACAUUGUUCAUUGUAACCUGUAUUUUGAUUGUCAAGCGAAAGAUUGAUGAGUACACAUUAUUACAACGAAGAAACCCUUCACCUCGGCAUCUGCAGAACAAAGAGCCUUGAAAGAUAAUUUCAGCUUAGGUUAGCGGUUACAGAGACUCAGUUAGGUGAAUUCUUUGCACAUUUCUGGACUGAAGAUAUGCAGCAUCCGUUGAAUUUGUUUUAUUUGUUGUGCCUGGUGCCUGCGUUCUUGUUUAAGCAGCAUGAAUCUAGUCCAUCAUUUUCAAGGCCUGACCUGAAAAGUGAUUGUAGCAACUGCUGCAUCGUUUGGCUUUGGCUUUACCCAGUUACAAGAUAGAAUAACGACAGAGUGAGAGGGACCAGAUGUAUUUUUUUGACUGUUUCUGAGUAAUACAUUACUAAUUUACUGUUCUUCAAAUUAAAAAUUGGUGGUAGUUCUUUAUUUAUUUGUGUAUGUAUUUUUCCUGAAAGGAUGCGAGUGUUGGUGAUUGUAUGAUUUGGACUCUUAAGCUCAGGCUGAUACUGCUGAUGUUGGCUUUGUUGCAUCUUACUAGAAUCCACAUGAACCAAUUAUCUUCA